GGGACAAGUGGCAGCCCUAGAGGGAGCACAAUUACUUACUAGUAGUGACAAGUAGUCUUAAAAUGGUGCCUUUGUUUUUAACCAUUAUCCAUUCAGUCACACACUAUUCCACAAUUCAGUUUGAUUUAGGAAAAAAAAAAAAUCAAUUUCACAGUAAUUUGCUCAUAUGACAGCAGAUGGUCCACCUUAAUGUGAUCUAAAUAAAUACUGGGUUCAAAUGUUGAAUUGCCCAAUUCAUGUAUUUAACUUAUAUAGCCCAAUUUAGCAAUUACUUAUGUCUGGGUUUAGAUUAGACUUGGUUGCUGACCUAGAUAUUCAUGCAAGGCAUGUAAAGAUUAGAAUCUCUGUUGGACUGAAUACAUUAUGCUAAUGAGCGGGAGGCUCGAGCCUCCAGGUGAGCAGCUGGGAACCUACCGGAAACAGAAGGAGGAACAGAGGCAGGCGUGAGCAGAACUCUGCCAAAUUUGACAAAAUGUGUCGGUAGUCCUGAAGAAUCAGUUGGAGACCGAAAGGGGAGAAUUUGAUUCCACUUAAAGUGGUAUAUAUGAGUCACGAAUGGAUCCUAAUUCAAACCUAAUCAAGAAAGGAUUGUUUUACUUUUUAUUGGUCUGUGUUUGUCUGAUACAUAAAGGUAAGAAUUAAUCUAUUGGUAAUCUAUUGUACUUUUAAAGUUUCUCUAGACUGGUGCUAAAUAAUGCUAAACAUAGAAUGGAGCAUACGAUUGGAAUUGACAGUGUGCCUGUCUAUGGAGAUGAUGCAGUUAAUCAUGCCAUAUUUCACAUAAAAACAGACUUUAAAUAUAAACUAUAUACACUAAUGUCGCAAUUUCUUUUCAGUGAGUAUUUUGUGGGCUGUUGAAAGAGUGAAUUUAACUCACCAGAAUGAUCUUGAAAAGUAAGUUUUAUCUUCACUGUUAGUGUACUGUUUAAUAUAGUAACCAUACUUAGUAAGUGUAUAAUAGACCAUUUGGCGUCUUCUAAUGCUGUGAGACAAUAAUUUGCCAAAUUUGCCCUAGUUUGUUUUUUGGGUGAUCUUGAAUGUAUAGACAGUAGGCUAAGCUAUAUAUUUAUAAGGCCGAAGUGCUGAUUACCUGUAAGAAACAAACUGUGCCUUGUUCUCUCUCUCUCUCUCUCUCUCUCUCUUUCUGUCUGUGUGUGUGUGUGUGUGUGUGUGUGUGUGUGUGUGUGUGUGUGUGAGAACAGUGGGAGCAGCGGGAUAAUGCUGGCGAAAUGGGAGACCCGUUCCCAAGCCGAACAGCAAGUCCAGUUAAACAACACAUCCGUAGAGCCGAGUGAAGCAUGGGCUGUCCGCAGAUCAAGGGGGGGUACAGAUCCUUGUAUGUUUCCAUGCCUGGAUGGGCAUCAUUGUCUCUAUGCAGACUCCUGCAACUGUUCUUUCUAUCAGGCUACUGGAUCACACUGCCAAACAGUUCCAAAUACAGGCUUGGAGAGAGAGAUGACAUGUCGAUCAUGGGGGCAAUACAAUUAUGAGACAUUUGAUGGCCUUUACUACUACUUCCCUGGCAAGUGCAGCUACACACUCCUGAAAGACUGUGAGGACAACACAAAAUCAAGUGUGUUCAUACAGCUCCAUAAUGAUCCAGAAUGCAAUUCUAAUCCUUACUCCUGCAGACGAUCAGUAAGCCUCUUCUUACCAUGGGAAGGCGAGAUUAGGUUACAAGGAUUCAAUGUCACAUUCAAAGGUCAAAGCCUACAGCUCCCUCAUAACUUUCAUAAUAUUGAGCUGGAGAGGAUCUCUAACUACAUCCUGGUAUCACAGCAUCAGGUUUUCAUGCUGGCAUGGCAGGGCCUUAGCAGCUCCAUCUAUAUAAAGAUGAGUCCAGAAUUUGUGGGUCGCACCUGUGGACUGUGUGGCAAUUUCAAUGCAGAUGUUCAGGAUGAUCUAAAAACCAGCUAUGGUGUGUUCACAGACAAUCUUGCCAUGUUUGGGAACAGCUGGAUGGAGGAGGAGCCACAGAAGCUCACAUGUCCAAGGGUGCCAUCUCUCUACCCAUUUCCCUGUUCUGCACAAGAACCCCAUAAUCUGCUGAAAGUGGAGGAGGUUUGUACAACUUUACUGAAAGAUCCAUUUACAUCCUGCCAUGAAUUUGUCAGUCCAUAUUCGUACAUGGCCAGCUGCUCUAAUGACCUCUGCAUGUCUGGUUCCAGUGGUGAUAUGGUUUGCCAAGUGUUCACUGAGUAUACAAGAGCAUGUGCUCAUGCUGGACACCCAUUACACAACUGGAGAGCACAUUUCCCUCAAUGUGGGAUCGAGUGCCCUGCAGAGCUCCUUUACAGAGAGUGCAUCACAUGUUGUCCUGUGCACUGCAAUAUUGAACACAUCUGCAUUGACAGUAAACUACAGUGUUUGGAUGGCUGCUACUGUCCAGACGAUCUAAUCUAUGAGGAUGGCAUCUGUGUGAAGCCAUCAGACUGUCCUUGUGAGCACCAGGGAAUGCUGUAUCCCUCAGGACACACUAUACAGGAGGAGUGCAACAACUGCACAUGUGUUGGGGAUGUGUGGAACUGCACGGAACACAGCUGCCCAGGGGAAUGCUCGGUUACAGGAGACAUGUAUUUUCAAUCUUUUGAUGGCCGUGUUUACACCUUCCCAGCUACAUGCCAGUAUGUUUUAGCCAAAAGCCGAAGCCCAGGCGGGUUCAUUGUGACAAUCCAGAAUACUCCAUGUGGACCUAAUCUGGAUGGGGCUUGUAUUCAGUCAGUGAACCUGGUCCUGAAUGAGGACCCACGUACUGAGGUCACGCUCAGCCACAGUGGGGAGGUGUACAUGGCAAGCCAGAUCCGUAUCUCUCUACCAUAUUCAGAUGAGAUGUUUCAGAUCCAGGAGGUGUCAUCCAUGUUUGUCCAGGUAAAGACAGUACAGGGUUUACGGCUACAGUACAACUGGAAAGAGUUCCGGCUGUAUUUACAGCUUGCGGAAUUGUGGAGGGACGACACAGUAGGGUUAUGUGGUACCUUCAAUGGUAACAUACAGGAUGACUUUCUUGCACCCUCAGGCAUGAUAGAGAGCUCUCCAAACUUGUUUGGGAAUGCUUGGCGCUUGUCAUCAGCAUGCAUGCCACGGCCCAGUUUGCCUCAGUUGGAUCCGUGUGAUACUCAUCAGCAAGCCGCGUCCUUUGCUGUGGAGAAGUGUGACGUAUUGAUGCAGGAGGUAUUUGCUGUGUGUCAUGAGCAUGUGAGUCCCAUGGCCUUCCAGCUGCAGUGCCAUGCAGAUGUGUGCAGGUGUGGAACACAGUGUCUCUGUGCUGCUCUUGCCCAUUACACACGUGCCUGCAGGAAGCACAGUAUCAUCAUUGAGUUCCGUUCACACGUGCCUGAAUGUGCUGUGACUUGUCCGCCAACAAUGGAAUAUGGCGUUUGUGUUUCAUCUUGUGAACGGCACUGCCUCUCUCUGUCACUCACACAGUUUUGUGGAGAUGAGUGUGAGGAGGGUUGUGUGUGUCCUCAAGGAACAUACUACAGCACGCACACACAGACCUGUGUUAAAAGGAGUGAAUGCCCAUGCUCCUUCCUGGGAGCUGAUUACUCUCCUGGAGAUGUGAUUCUGACAUCAUCAGAUAUACAAAUUUGUCAAGAUGGCAAAAUUGUCUCACAAAGCAUUAAUACAGAUACACUGUGCCCUCCAGGGCAAGUUUAUGAGGACUGUGGGAAUGUGGUGGAAGGACUGUCAUCUAGUAAAGGUUUGGCUUGUGUUCACACCUGUGAGUCAUACCUGCUUAACCUGACCUGCUCCAGCCAUGAGCCCUGUGUGCCCGGCUGCAUCUGUCCACCGGGAUUUUUAAAGCAUGGAGAUGAAUGUUUUGAGCCUAUUGCAUGCCCAUGUUUAUGGAAGGGUAAAGAGUAUUACCCAGGGGAUAGAGUGUCCUCACCUUGCCACCAUUGUGUGUGUCAACAUGGUUCAUUCCAGUGUGACUUCCGUCCAUGUGCAUCAAUGUGCACUGUGUAUGGAGACCGACAUUACCGUACAUUUGAUGGAUUGCUAUUUGACUACAUUGGAGACUGUAAAGUUUACCUGUUAAAGAGCUCAACUGAUGUAACAAUGAGCGUUACAGCAGAGAAUGUGGAUUGCUUUGAAAGUGGUGUGAUCUGCAGAAAAUCCAUUCUCAUUUCCAUUGGACAGUCCAUCAUUGUUUUUGACAAUGAAGAUGGCAAACCUAAUCCAUCCAGCGUAAUUGACAGACAAAAUGUGUAUAUCUUGAAUGCGGGCUACUUCACCAUUAUCCAUCUAACACAGCAUGAGAUUUCAGUGCUCUGGGACAGAAAAACCACCAUCCACAUACAAGCUGGACCCCGGUGGCAGGGUAAACUCUCUGGUCUGUGCGGGAAUUUUGAUCUGAAGACAGUAAAUGAAAUGAAAACCCCAGAUAACAUGGACUUAUCAACACCACAGGAGUUUGGCAACAGCUGGACAGCAGCAGAGUGUAUUAAAAGUGCUGAUAUAAGGCAUCCAUGCACAUUGAAUCCAAUCCGGGAACCUUUUGCCAAAAGGCAGUGUGGGAUUCUCCUCAGCGAAGUAUUCCAAGCCUGUCAUCCAGUGGUGGAUGUUACCUGGUAUUAUAUGAACUGCCUGGCUGAUACAUGCAGCUGCAGUCGUGGUGGUGACUGUGAAUGUUUCUGUACAAGUUUGGCAACAUACGCUCAUAGCUGCUGCCAGCAGGGAAUUCCUAUUGAUUGGCGGUCGCCCUCCCUAUGCUCAUAUGACUGUGAAUACUACAAUAAAGUUCUAGGUAAAGGUCCGUAUAGGUUGCUGACCUAUAUAGAGAAGAAUUUGCUAUUGGCAGCCAAUCGGACAAGUGGAUUGGUGUUCCUGAAGAGGGGAGUGUCCAGCACUGAUGGUGUUGUGACUCUGUUCAUGAUGACUCCAGGACUCAGUAAAACCCGACCACACGAUUCAUCACUAGUAUCAUUUGAAGCAGCAGACAGGCCAAAUUAUUUCCUCCUCGCAGAGCGCAGUGGCCACGUAAGACUGCGCAAGUGGGAGGACAGCAGGGAAUUUUGUGAUGCAGCAACAUUUAUACUGCAUAGGGACACAUGGAUCACUGGAUUUGAUUCACUAGAGUCACUUAUGUGGCCUGGAUUCUUUCUACAGUACAUGUUGUAUAAACUGCAACUUCUGAAAUACAAUCACUCAGCUCGCUAUCGUAGAGCCACUCUCUUCAAACUUGCUGGCAGCACUACAGACUACUCAAUGAGUCCUCAGUGCCAGUGGAGGUAUGAAUCCUGCACAAGGCCAUGUUUUAGGACAUGUAGUGAUCCGGCAGCUCUAAGUUGUGUCACCAUCCUAAAAGUUGAGGGAUGUCUGCCCCAGUGUCCAGCUCAUAUGGUCAUGGAUGAGAUGACUCAAAGAUGUGUCUAUCUGGAGGACUGUAUUAAGCCUCCAGUUACACUGCCAGAAUUCAAUUUAACACCUACUGCUGUCACCUCUUCAACUCUGGCCACAGCAACUGUCUCCACCAUCGCAGCAACAGAGGCACUCAGUACUACAAUCAGUCAUACAAAAUCUUCCCCUCCAAAACUUAGCAGUACAGCUUUCACAACCUUUACUACACACAGUUCAACCCUAUUGUCUAUACCUAACACUACCGCUACCAUACCAGUGGCAGAUGAAUCAAUGAAGACAUCUUCAUACCCACCUAAGUCAUUGUUUUCUACUCCUAGAACCAUUACAGUGCCCACCACUAAUGUUUUUACUUCUAAUAUCACAAGGACAAUGACUACAACUGUAAGAGCAACAGUAACACCAACACUAUCCAUUAGUACAAAUUCCUCUGUAACCUCCAGCAUGGACAUGUCCCCCACCUCAGCCAAAUUACUCAAGAAAGUGGCAACAAUAGUAACUCCCAACAUUAUCUCAGCUGUUGCUCCAACUAUGCACAAAACAUCCAGGAUCACCAUGACAACACACAUUCCUCCUCCAAUAGUCACUGAAAAGCCAACAAAAAUUACAACCACAGAGAAAAUGUUAGCUACCACAGCAAAGCCUGUUUCUCAAACUAUCUCAAGUCCAUUUACAUUUUCAACCAUUCCUAGUACAAAGACACCACUUCAGAAGACUGAAAACAGAACUGCAAUGGACACCACUGCAACAUCAGUCAGCACAAGCACAUCAACCACUGCUUCCAGGGCACCAGAUUAUACAACUACAGCCUCAGAAAGAACAAUUUUUCUCACACUGUCCCCAUCAGAUUGGCAACUGGUGGAUGAGAUGUCAUCAGCAACACACAUAACAGAACGGCUAACAUCACCAGACAUGUCCCAAACUUCCAGCCCUGCAGUACUCAUCACAGCCACAACUCCCUAUAUAACAAAGACAAAGCACUGGAUAACCCCAACAGAGGAGUUUCUUACUUUAACUCCUACUUCAGCAAAGGAUGUUAGUCCCAGCAAAGUCUGCACUGAACCAUACUCUGUGGUGGUAGAUGAGUGCACUAAGCUCAUUUGUGUGAAUGGCCAACUGGUCUUGUUCAAUAAGUCCCAGAUCUGCCCCUAUGACUCCAGCCCUCCAAACUGUGGUCUACUUGGCUUUGCUGUGCUGAUCAAUGGAGACAAAUGCUGCCCAAAAUGGGACUGUCCAUGUCGUUGUUCAGUGUUUCCAGACAUAAAUGUUGUUACAUUUGAUGGGAACAGCAUAGCCCUUUACAAAGCAGCCGCAUACGUGGUGACACAACUCAUGAAUGAGACCGUCACCAUCCUGGUGCAGGAGUGCCACAGCUCAGACAGCACACUUGUCUGGAACUUUACCCACUUGUGCCUGGCAGCUCUAAACAUUACUCAUGACUCCAACCAGGUGCUCAUUCAUCGCUUGCAGAGGCAGGUAUAUGUCAACUCUAGGUAUGCAAAGCCACGUUUAAAAAAGUAUGGUUUUGAGAUUUUAGAUACAGGUAUCAUGUAUCUGAUUUGGACUCCUGCUGGCCUGAAGAUCCAAUGGUUCCACAGCACAGGCAUGAUGGUGAUUGAAACAGAGACUUAUGCCAACAAGGUCUCCACCAUGGGGUUGUGUGGUUGCUGUGAUGGCAACUCACUAAAUGAUCUGCUCUUACCUAACGGUACUGUAGUAGCUGAUGAUGAAGAUCCAGCUGUAUUCAUUGAUAGCUGGCAGAUUCCCAACACCACAAGUUAUGUUAGCCAAAGCAGAAGAAGGGAGGUUAACUGCUCUACUAGCGACUGCUCUGACUGUCUCAACAUGCUCAACAACUUCACUUUCACUGUUUGUCAUUCUUAUGUUCCGCCAGCUACAUUUUGUGAAAUAUGGGUACGAGAUGCAGAGUAUGUGAAUAACCCUUGCAUGGCUCUUGCUGCAUAUGUUGCUUCCUGCCACAAAUUCAACGUCUGUAUCAAGUGGAGAAGCCCAGACUAUUGCCCAUUUGUGUGUCCUGGGACACUGCAAUACCAGGCAUGUCUGCCUGCUUGCACAGCUCCUUCAUGUCCUAAUAAGGAGUUUGAAUAUGACACUGUACAGUGUUCAGGCAUGUCCGAGGGAUGCAUGUGUCCAGAGGGGACCUUACUUCAUAGACCAUACUCUGCACUCUGCAUCUCACCUGUCAAGUGUGCCUGUACAGAUAGUUUCGGAACUCCCCGUGCCUUGGGUGAGGUUUGGAAGGCUUCAGUGGAUGGAUGCUGUAUGUAUCGGUGUGAAAGUGAUGGCAUUGUGCCUGUAGAGUUUGAAUGCAGUGAUGUUCCCCAGCCAGUCUGCACACGAGCAGGCGAGAUCAGCAUUAGCCUGGCAGAUGAUAACAGCUGCUGCACCCAAAGAGUCUGUGUGUGCAAUCAGAGUGCAUGUGAGACCACUUUGAUGGAUUGUAAAUUUGGACAAAAGUUGGUGUCAUACUUCAGACAUGACUCAUGCUGUCCAGAGUACACCUGUGAGUGUGAUCCUGACCAGUGUGUGCUAGAUGUCCCCGUGUGCCGAGAGGAUCAGACACUAAUUGCCACUCGCACUGAAGGAAGCUGCUGUCUGGCGUACAUUUGCAUGUGUGACAUAUGUUCAGAGCCGAUUCCGGAGUGUGUAGAUGGAGAGAUGCUUACUGUGGAUACAAACAGUACCGAUCGUUGCUGCCCCACAUAUCACUGCUUGUGUGAGCCUUCCAGAUGUUCAGUCAUCACAUGUCCAGUAGGAAUGGUUGCUGUCUCUACUAUGGUUCCAGAGCAGUGCUGUCCAUCACAAGAAUGUAGAUGUGCAUGUGAGAGAAUCUCUCAGCCUAAAUGUGGCCUGGGUGAGAAUUUGCAAUUAGACAGUGCAUUUAUGGCAGAUCCUGAGAAUCACUGCGGCUGCAGACAUUAUCAUUGUGUGAGAAGCGCAGUGUGUGUAGAUGGAAAGAGGGGAGUAAUGAGACCUGGACAAACCUUGAUGGAACACAGUGCUUUGGGAGUCUGUUAUACAACAAGAUGCACACACAGAUUCGACUCUGCCACUGGGUUCUACCUCAUAAAAGCAAGCAGCAUUAACUGCACUGCACAGUGUCAGCCAAACCAGGUUUAUAUACCCCCUAAAGACCAGAGUGCCUGUUGUGGAGUGUGUAAGAAUGUAUCCUGUGUGUACCACAAUGACAACGGAUCUCUAACUUUGUACAAGCCUGGAAAGAGCUGGGUGUCUGACUGCAUGCGCUAUGACUGUACAGACACACAGUCUGGACCAGUACUGGUGUCCUACUCCUAUAGCUGCCCCCCCUUUAAUGAAACAGAGUGCAUGAAGAUUGGAGGCACAGUAAUGACAUACAUGGAUGGAUGCUGCAAAACAUGCAAAGAGGAUGGAAAAUCUUGUCAGAAAGUCACUGUGCGGAUGACAAUAAGGAAAAAUGACUGUCGUAGCAACAGACCGGUGAAUAUAGUGUCAUGUGAUGGCAAGUGCCCUUCAGCAAGUAUUUACAACUACAACAUCAACACUUAUGCACGGUUUUGUAAAUGCUGUAGGGAGAUGGGCCUUCAGCGGCGCUCUGUCCAGCUUUACUGCAGUGGCAACUCCUCGUGGGUAAACUACUCAAUCCAGGAACCUACAGACUGCUCUUGCCAGUGGUCUUAAAACACACACACACACACACACACACACACACACACACGCCUCAAAUGGAAAUGUCAUCAUCUUCACAAUUCUGUAUUUUCAUAUUCUCUAGAACAACAAAGGGCAUUCUAACACUGGGUAAAAUAUAUAUACCAUUGAACAGAAAGUGUUCACUGAACUUGAAUAUAUUUUAUACAGAAUUGCUGUGUCUGUCAUCACUCCCAUCACAUUGGCAGACAUUCAGAAAUAUUUACCUAGCUGGAUAUGUCUUGUACCAUUCCCCGUUUGGAGUUUGAUGUGAGGGGGUAAAAAGAAGCAAAAAAAAGGUGUUCAGUAAACUAGGUAUAUGCAUUAGAUGUAUUUAUAGAAAAUAUGUAGUGACUUAAGUGAUUACUGAAUAUAUUAAUCAGUUGCAUUUUAAUUACUAAAGCGGUGUUGUGUUUUGUAAACUUUAAUUAUUUAUUACAUUAUAAGUACAACUUCACAGUCCAUGAGAAAACUAGAACACAGAAUUCAGAAAAAAUAAAUUGAUAUUUGCUCUGUUGAGUGUUAAAGACUAAUAUUAAGUCCUGUAUAAAUCUUGCUUCCUAAGCAUUUUCUUUACGGAAUAUACUGUGUAUCAUAAUGCAUUAUAUUUGCAGUAUAUUUUCAUUUUCAAUAAAAAAAUUAUUUAAAAACAAUGCUGAUAUACUCAAUUCAACAUAAACAAAAGGUGGUAUAUUCAUUCAACAUUGGGUGGGGACAAUAAAUGAAAAUAAAAAUGUUUAAGUUUGGUAGCUGUGCUCAAGAUUUCUGGCUUGGUUAUUGAUUAUAAAUUUAUUUCAUGCAACGUGCACACAGGUGUUGCCUGCAAGGCAUGCUGUCGGCACCUAGUGGAGUGGUUUUUGAGCUAGCUCUUGGUCAAAGUCCCAAAUUUGAUGAAUUAAUUUGUGGAUUCUCUGGGGGAAACAGGGAAAAGACUUGACGGGGAGUCUGUUUUGGUGUUUAUUUAGCCAGGAUGCUAGGACAAAGUUAAAUGGAACCUGGUGAAAAAGAGGACCCAGCAUGCUUGGUGAGAAUAUAGACUUUUGGAUGUCUUGAUAUUCAAGCCUUAUUCAAGCCUUAAGGGGUGUACUGCCCCUCUAGCCAUUGACACCAUUCUUCCAGCGCCAACAUUACUACAAGGGAUUCCUGGUUGCUUUGUUCAGCAGGGUUCUGUUUCUUGGAGAAAAAAGGCCACAGAAUGGAGUUUGGGUUUCUCACUGAAACGCUGAGACAGUAUGGCCCCAACCUGUCUCGGAUGCUUCAAACUCCAUAAUGAAAGGAUGUUGCAGGUCUGCAUGUUUG